UGGCUAAAAAAUCCCGAAAUUUUCUAUACACUUUUCCCCGCCAUUUGUCCUUCUCUCUCCUCCUACUCCCCAUUUCUCUCUCUAGGGCUGAGCCCCCGUCUCCCCCUAUUCGAACUCAAUUGAUGUGAAAUCACUUGAUUUGUGCGCUUAAUUAGUUUCUGGAUGUCGAAUCCUAGUGGUGUUGAGGGGGUCCCCAGGGGCAUUAGCCUCUCCAACACAGUUCAUUCUGAGGUGGCCCCGUGCUUGCCGCUGCCGUCGCUUCCGGUGUUCUGCGGCGCGCUCCAUCAGGAACUCCGCCUCUUCGAUGAUACUGGCGGUUCAAGGUGGAAUUCCAGUAGCGGUGAUGUCUCUGGCAAGAUUGCUGAUCUCCUCCGUAAUACCGACGUGUCUUACUUGAAUCUCAAAGAUGAAGAAAAUCUUGAACCAGGUGGUUCAGUGGGGAACUUUAACCUAUUCAAUGAUGUUCUGAGACAUGAUCCUGAAGCAUUUGAGUAUGCCAGUCCAGGUCCUGCCAAGCAGUCAAUGUACAGUGGUAAUUUGACUGAAUCAAAGCCCCUUGAGCAGAGGAAGCCUACUAUUAAUCAAGUGCCAAGCGACUCUUCAGGAAUGAAAAAUAAUCAGCAUGACCAUAAUGUUAAUAAUGAUAUUAUCAGUUCUUCUAAAAAACCUAAAGUGAAAAAGAAAGGGAAAGAUGACUUAACAUCAGCAACUUGUCAUGAUAACAGUGAGCGCCAAGGUGCAGCUAUUGCUGGCUUUUGUGAAAUGUUGGACGACAUAUGUGCCAGAGCGGAAAUUAUUUGUGAUGACAGAGAUGAAGCAGAAUGGGUACCAUUGUCUCAUGCUGAUCUUAAAGCACUUGUGAAUGAAAUCAUGUCGAUUCGGUCUAAGAAAGUACUACAUAUGGUUCCUGUGGAUAUUCUUUCAAGGACAUUAAAGGUUUUAGAUCGCCAAAUUCAUCGAGCAGAAGGACUAUCUAUUGAUGAUUGCGAAAAUUUGGAUGCUGAUGUGGUGUCAUCCAUUUACUGCUCUCUGGAGUCAAUUCAUGCAGCUUUAGCUAUUAUGACUCAUGAUGGUAUGCCUAAACAGCUGUAUAAGGAAGAGAAUAUUGAACGGAUCCUGGAGUUCUCGAGACAUCAAAUGACGGAUGUUAUGUUCGCCUGUGAUCCAUCCUAUCGUGCCUUGCACAAACCAAACUGUAAAGGGGCCCUUGAUGAUGAGGAAGAUGAAGAAGUUGCGGAUUUUGACUCAGCUAGUAAGAAAAGGCGAGCUUCAAAGAUUGUAAGAGUUAGGAAGUCAACCACAAACAGAAUGUCUGCUACUGUGAAUGCUAUACUUCAGAAGUUGUGCACAAUUCUCAGUUUUCUCAAGCAGUUGUUGUUUAUAGAACGCCUGUCAGAUAGUUGCAUUCUCCAGCUCAUCAGAACUAGUUUGCAAACUAUUUUGGUUGAUAACAUCCAGCUUUUGCAGCUAAAAGCAAUCAGUUUAGUUGGUGGGAUUUAUUAUACAUACACUCAGCAUAGAUCGUAUAUGAUGGAUGAGACACUUCAAAUCCUUCUGAAGUUGCCACUUUCAAAGAGAGUGCCAAGAACUUAUCAUCUUCCUGAUGAAGAACAACGGCAGAUUCAGUUAGUUACUGCUCUAUUAGUCCAAAUGAUUCUUUAUAGUGCAAAUCUUCCAGAAGUUCUGAGGCAAACCUCUGAAAAUCCUUCACUGGAUGUUUCAAUUGAUGUUGAUUACCCUUCCAAGUGCCAUGAGGCAGUUACAGAGUCCUGCUGCCUCUUCUGGAGUCGAGUUCUUCAGCGAUAUACAAGCACAAAAAAUCAGGAUGCAUCUGAAUUGAAGGCAAUGAUGGAAAAUCUUGUAAUGGAUUUGCUCACUACUUUGAACUUACCCGAGUAUCCUGCCUCAGCUCCUAUUCUGGAGGUUCUGUGUGUGUUGCUACUUCAGAAUGCUGGGCUGAAAUCAAAAGAUAUUGCAGCUCGGACAAUGGCCAUUGACCUUCUUGGUACAAUUGCUGCGAGGUUGAAACAUGAUGCAGUCAUCUGUAGGAAGGAGAAUUUUUGGAUAGUACAGGAGUUGAUGAAUAGUGGCACUAUUGAUCCUAGCUAUCUCAAAGAUGUCUGUUCUAUUUGUUAUGAUUCAACAAUGGAACGAUCUAUAUUUGUAUGCGAAGGUUGUCAUAGAUCAUUCCAUGUUGAUUGCAUGGGCGGAACAGAGCAAGAUGCUCCUUCUCGUGAAUUUGUUUGUCAGGUUUGUUUGUGUGAGAAACAACUUCUUGUCCUGAAAACAUAUUGCGAGUCUCAGAACAAGGAUGAACACAAGCAAAAUCGCAAUCGUUCGGGAAAGUCUUCUCGAGCUACAGUCUCAGUCACAAAGCAGGAGAUUAUCCAACAAAUGCUCCUAAAUUAUUUGCAGGAUGCAGGGUCUGCAGACGAACUGCACCUCUUUACACGAUGGUUUUAUCUUUGCCUUUGGUAUAAAGAUGACCCUGCUUCUCAACAUAAAUUAUCCUACUUCCUCGCGAGGUUGAAAUCAAGAGCAAUUGUGCGUGACUCUUGUUCAUUUUCAUCCUCUCUGACAAGGGAUUCAGUGAAAAAAAUUACUUUGGCAUUGGGACAAAAUAGUUCUUUUGCUAGAGGAUUUGACAAAAUUCUUCAAGUGCUACUGGCAAGUCUGAGGGAGAACUCACCAGUGAUUCGUGCUAAGGCAUUGCGAGCGGUUAGUAUUAUUGUAGAAGCUGAUCCAGAGGUUCUGGGUGACAAGCUUGUCCAAACGGCUGUUGAAGGGAGGUUUUGUGACUCUGCUAUAUCGGUUAGAGAAGCAGCACUUGAGCUUGUUGGUCGUCAUAUUGCAUCACAUCCUGAUGUUGGUCUGAAGUACUUUGAGAAGGUAGCAGAAAGAAUAAAGGAUACCGGAGUAAGUGUCCGGAAACGUGCUAUUAGAAUUAUCAGGGAUAUGUGUGCCUCGAGUGCCGACUUUCCACAGUACACCACUGCUUGUGUUGAGAUAAUUUCUCGUAUCAAUGAUGAAGAAUCCAGCAUACAGGACCUGGUCUGCAAGACAUUUUAUGAGUUUUGGUUUGAGGAGCCUUUGGGUUCACAAGGCCAUCUUUUCAAGGAUGGUAGUUGUGUUCCAUUGGAAGUGGCUAAGAAGACAGAGCAGGUUGUUGAGAUGCUGAGAAGGAUGUCCAGUCACCAACCCCUUGCUAUUGUUAUUAGACGGAACUUAGCACUUGAUUUCUUUCCACAAUCUGCUAAAGCUGCUGGGAUAAACCCUGUGCUACUUGCUUCAGUACGCAGGCGCUGUGAGCUAAUGUGCAAGUGUUUGCUGGAGAAAGUACUUCAGGUUGCCGAAACAAACAGUGAGGAAGGAGAGGGUCGUAUGCUUCCAUAUAUUCUGCUCUUGCAUGCCUUUUGUCUGGUGGAUCCUACAUUAUGUGCACCGGCUACUGAUCCUUCCCAGUUUUUGAUCACAUUACAACCAUAUCUAAAGAGUCAGUCUGACAAUCGAGUGGCUGCACAGCUUCUGGAGAGUAUAUUGUUUAUAAUUGAUUCUGUCUUGCCUUUACUGCGGAAGCUUCCGCAGAAUCUUGUUGAGGAACUGGAACAAGACCUAAAGCAAAUGAUCGUCCGGCAUUCUUUUCUGACGGUUGUCCAUGCUUGCAUAAAGUGCUUAUGCUCUGCGGGUAAAGUAUCAGGAAAAGGUGCAAAUGUUGUUGAGUAUCUUAUUCAGUUAUUCUUCAAACGUCUGGAUGCCUUGGGAUUGGAUAACAAGCAGGUUAAUAAUCAUCAAGUAGGUCGAUCUCUUUUUUGUCUGGGUUUGUUGAUACGGUAUGGUAGCCCAUUACUGGAUGCAUCUGCGUCCAACACAAAAAAUAUGGAUGUUGCAAGCAAUAUCAACUUAUUUAAAAAGUAUCUGGAGGCUGAUGACGACUGCAUCCUGAAAGUUAGGGCAUUACAGGCAUUAGGGUACGUAUUAAUUGCUCGACCUGAAUGUAUGUUGCAAAAGGAUGUUGGUAAAAUUUUGGAGGCAACUCUUUCAACCAAUAGUGAUGUUCGUCUGAAGAUGCAAUCAUUACAGAAUAUGUACGAAUAUCUUCUGGAUGCGGAACGUCAAAUGGAACCUGAUAAAGCUGGCAACACUGAAGUUACUCGCCCGAACGAUGGUGUACAUAGUGUUCCCGUUGCUGCAGGUGCUGGUGAUACUAACAUCUGCGGUGGUAUAGUUCAGCUAUAUUGGGACAUCAUCUUAGGGAGAAGUCUGGAUGUGAAUGAGCAUGUGCGUCAAGCUGCUCUAAAGAUUGUGGAGAUUGUAUUACGCCAAGGUCUUGUACAUCCAAUUACUUGUGUACCCUAUCUCAUUGCACUUGAAACAGAUCCACAGGAGGUUAAUUCAAAGCUGGCUCAUCAUCUCCUGAUGAAUAUGAAUGAAAAGUAUCCAGCUUUCUGCGAAAGCCGUCUGGGAGAUGGCCUUCAGUUGUCAUUUAUAUUCAUUCGUACCAUGAGUGGAGGUAACCCUGAAUUUUCGAACCCCGCCCAGGACAGAUUAUUUAACAAUAUGAAGGGAAAGUCAGAAGUUAGCUCUUCUAUGCAUGCACGGCUUGGGGUUGCUCGAAUCUAUAAGCUCAUUCGUGGAAAUCGCGUUUCAAGGAACAGAUUUAUGUCCUCUGUUGUUCACAAGUUUGAAAUGCCUACCUGGAGUGAUUCCGUGAUUCAUUUUCUGAAAUAUUGCACGGAGAUUCUUGCUUUGCUACCUUUCACAUUGCCGGACGAGCCUCUUUAUUUGAUUUAUAUUAUAAAUCGAGUUGUGCAAGUCAGAUCUGGGACAUUAGAAUCAAGCAUGAAGGAAUUUUUGCAUUCAUUACAAGGAAAUAGUCAAAAAAGAAAUGGAAAUGGUGUGAUUCAAUUAAAUGAAACUCUCAAACCUGGUAGCGAAAGAACCAUGUGGAUUGAUGGGAAUCAUAGGGUAACAGGGGAGUUACAGGAUCAACAUUUAUUUGGAGGUGAUGCAUAUAAGGAUCAAAAUAUAAGUCCUAUGACCUCAUGGGGUUCUCAUAGCAUUUCUACUAGUGAUCUGCAACAAAUUCAGGCUGACUGUCUAGCAGCCGGUGCAAUGCAACUUCUGCUGAAGCUGAAGAGGCACCUGAAGAUUGUUUACGCCCUAGAUGAUGCUCGCUGUCAGGCAUUUUCCCCAAAUGAACCAGCAAAACCAGGAGAAAGUCUACUGCGACAGAGUAUUCCUUUUGAUAUCAGCGACGUAAACAUUGACCCACCUAAAACUUAUGAAGACCUCUCGAGGAGAUAUCAGGACUUCAAGAAUGCAUUGAGGGAAGACACAAUUGACUAUUCAACGUACACAGCCAACAUCAAAAGGAAACGACCACCUCCCAGGAGAGGUGGGAAGGCUGUGCGAGUGCUAGAUUUAGAUGAUGAAUAUGAUGAAGAUGAUGAGAAUUGGGUUAAUAGCGUUAGCAGGUUAAAUAAAAGUGGCCGGAGAGGCAGUAACAGCAGAAGUAGGCAGCGGCUAUAGUUGUAAAUACCUGUAGGUAAAAAGCUAACCUGUACAGUUCAUAGAAAUGCAAAAUAUCAAAGCUAGUACAAACAGAAAUUUUAGGACAAACUGAAUGUCAAAAAUUCGGAAGUGGCUAAGUUCGUCAGAAUUUGUUCUCAGAAGUUAAGUUGUGUCCUGAUAGAAGGCAUGUUAUUCAGAAUUUAGUACAGCCAUUAUAGGACAGAGAAAUUAUUGUUAGGAUGUCUUUUUGGGAAUGAUGGAGAAAAUUUUGUUAGGAGGUGGGGUGUUAUACCCCUUUCUAACUAUGUUGUUAGAGCUAGCUUGUAUAUUUUGUUGAUUGACCUAUUCAUUUAAAUUGAAAUCAUCUUACUGUA